UCGGCCCAACUUUAUAUGGGCUUUUUGUGUCAAGAAGCCCAUACAAGUAUAAUAAAUGUCGCUAGCUCCUCGUCUCUUCGUCAAAAUCAUCCUCAUCGUCAACAACAAAACCCUAGGAUUCGUUUUAAUACCAUGGAUCAACAACCAGCACUGCCCGAACCCGUUACUUACGUCUGCGGAGAUUGUGGACAAGAGAACACUUUGAAAUCUGGGGAUGUCAUCCAAUGCAGAGAGUGUGGGUACCGUAUUCUCUACAAGAAGCGUACCCGUAGAGUUGUUCAAUACGAAGCUCGCUGAGAACCUGAAGAUGGUUCAUAGUCUCUUAAGAUGGGUUGAUACGUUUUGCCUCUGUUUGUAAUAUGUAUCGACAUGGUUUUUGCUAAACUGCCUGUUCGGUUGAUUUGAUUACAAAUGAGUUGUUGAUUUGAUUACAAGUGUGAGUUGAUUUAAUCACAAGUGUGACUCUACAAUCUUUAUCUCUUUGCGAUUUUUGAUUGAUGUAAUCCUUGGAAUAACCAAGUUCACAUUGGUAGAAUCCUUUAUUGACUACAAUCUCUUUUAAAAUUACUCAAUA